GUACUGACGUUGUAAGGUUAUCAGUUGCAGCCACAGCUUCUGGGUAGCAAGUUCAUCUUACCAACAGCAAAACAAAUAAUAACAAUGAAAUUGUUCAUCGUGUUAGCCGCCGUCGCAUUGGCCCAGGCCGCCAAAUUGGACAAGACCUACCUCCCACCCAACGCUCAAUCUUCAGCUGGAUCUGCCUUCCUCGAAACUCCUCGUCUGUCUAACGGAUUCCAAGACCAAACUGGUGCCUUCUCCAAUGGAUUCUCCAACACUGAUGCUUACUCCCAGAAUGGUGCUAACUCCCAGAAUGAUGCCUACUCCCAGAACGGUGCUUACUCCCAGACUGGUGCUUACUCAGGUUUCGAAGCUCGUCCCGAGCGCGCUCAGGCUGCCUUCGAGAGGAACGCUGCUAUCCUCCGUCAGGACAACUCCAAUGAUGGAGAGACUUACGCGUACGCUUAUGAAACUGAGAACGGCAUCUCCGCCGAGGAGAACGGAGUGGCGACCAAUGGAGUCCAGGCUCAGGGCGGUUACUCCUACACUGGUGACGACGGCCAGGUCUACUCUGUGAGGUACACCGCUGACGAGAACGGAUUCCAGCCCCAGGGUGACCACCUCCCCACUCCCCCUCCUAUCCCUGAAGAGAUCCUGAAGGCUCUGGAACAGAACGCCCGCGAUGAGGCUGCCGGUAUCUACGAUGACGGUUCCUACAGCGAAGGCAAAUACGAGGGCACCAACCAACAACAGUACUAUAACGAUAACGCUCAAGCUAUCAACUACAACAACGCUCCGUCUAACAACUACAAUGAUGCUCAGUCCAACAACUACAACAAUGCUGAUGCCGUCGUCACCAACAACGCUCUCCUCGGCAACGACGCUACUGGAAGCGGCAGCUCCGUCGCCGGCGUGCAGAAAGCGUACCUCCCUCCCUUCGCUCAGCGCAACAACCAGAGGAGCGGAGCGAGGCAAUCCUCCUUCAACGCGAGAGACGGAUACCGUAAAAUGAAAUUGUUCAUCAUCUUAGCAUCAGUGGCUCUGGCUCAGGCCGCCAAACUGGACCGGACCUACCUCCCACCCAACGCACAAGCUGCCGCAGGAUCUGCCUUCCUCCAGACUCCUCGUCAGUCCAACGGAUUCCGCGACCAAUCCGGUGCUUACUCCAACCCCAACGCGUAUGCCCAGACUGGUGCUUACUCAGGCUUCGAAGCUCGUCCCGAGCGCGCUCAGGCUGCCUUCGAGAGGAACGCUGCUAUCCUCCGUCAGGACAACUCCAAUGAUGGAGAGACUUACGCGUACGCUUAUGAAACUGAGAACGGCAUUUCCGCUGAGGAGAACGGAGUGGCGACCAAUGGAGUCCAGGCUCAGGGCGGCUACUCCUACACUGGCGAUGACGGCCAGGUCUACUCUGUGAAGUAUACCGCUGACGAGAACGGAUUCCAGCCCCAGGGUGACCAUCUCCCCACUCCUCCCCCCAUCCCUGAAGAGAUUCUGAAGGCUCUGGAACAGAACGCUCGCGACGAGGCUGCUGGUAUCUUCGAUGAUGGAUCUUACAGCGAAGGUAAAUACGCUACUGAUAGCCAACAACAGUACUACAACAACGCUGCUCUCGGCAACGACGCUACUGGAAGCGGCAGCUCCGUCGCCGGCGUGCAGAAAGCGUACCUCCCUCCCUUCGCUCAGCGCAACAACCAGAGGAGCGGAGCGAGGCAAUCCUCCUUCAACGCGAGAGACGGAUACCGUUACUAGAGACUGUAGAAUGACUUUGUUGAAAUAAAUUAUA